CCUGUGCCACUGCCCCAGCCGGAGCCCCAACCAGAGCCCCAGCCCCUGCCAGACCCGGCGCCCAUGCCCGAGCUGGAGUUUGAGUCCGAGCCCACGCACGAGCGCGAGUCCACACCCACGGUGGAGACCCGAGGCACCGCACGCGGCUUUCAGCCCCCCGAGGGUGGCUUUGGCUGGCUGGUGGUGUUCGCUGCCACCUGGUGCAACGGCUCCAUCUUCGGCAUCCAGAACUCCUUCGGGAUCCUUUACUCCAUGCUGCUGCAGGAGGAAGAAGAGAAAAACCACCAAGUGGAGUUCCAAGCAGCAUGGGUAGGAGCCCUGGCAAUGGGCAUGAUCUUCUUCUGUUCUCCCAUUGUGAGUAUAUUCACUGACCGUUUGGGCUGCCGAAUCACAGCGACCACAGGAGCUGCUGUUGCUUUCAUUGGUCUUCAUACCAGCUCCUUCACCAGCUCCUUAAGCCUGCGAUACUUCACCUAUGGGAUUCUCUUUGGUUGUGGCUGCUCCUUCGCCUUUCAGCCAUCUCUCGUCAUCCUGGGCCACUAUUUCCAACGCCGCCUGGGCCUCGCCAAUGGUGUGGUGUCUGCUGGGAGUAGCAUCUUCUCCAUGUCUUUCCCCUUCCUCAUCAAUGUCCUGGGGGACAAGAUCAAGCUGGCCCAAACCUUCCAGGUGCUGAGUACCUUUAUGUUUGUCCUCAUGCUGCUUUCACUCACCUACCGGCCCCUCCUGCCCAGCUCUCAGGACACCCCAAGCAAGAGGGGUGCCCACAGCCUGCACCAGCGCAUUCUGGCUCAGCUCAGGAAGUACUUCAACAUGCGAGUGUUCCGACAACGUACCUACCGCAUCUGGGCCUUCGGGAUUGCUGCCGCUGCUCUGGGCUACUUCAUUCCUUAUGUACACCUGAUGAAGUAUGUGGAAGAGGAGUUCUCAGAAAUCAAGGAGACCUGGGUGCUCUUGGUGUGUAUUGGGGCUACCUCAGGCCUUGGGCGUCUUGUGUCAGGCCGUAUCAGCGACUCCAUUCCUGGACUUAAGAAGAUCUACUUGCAGGUCAUCUCCUUCCUGCUCCUGGGCCUGAUGUCCAUGAUGAUUCCUCUGUGCACGGGCUUCGGAGGCCUCGUCGUUGUGUGCCUGUUCCUGGGCUUAUGUGAUGGCUUCUUCAUUACCAUCAUGGCCCCCAUUGCCUUUGAGCUGGUGGGUCCCAUGCAGGCCUCACAGGCCAUUGGCUACCUUCUGGGCAUGAUGGCCCUGCCAAUGAUUGCUGGGCCCCCCAUUGCAGGCCUUCUUCACAGCUGUUUUGGGAACUACCACGUGGCCUUCUACUUUGCCGGCGUGCCCCCCAUCAUUGGGGCUAUAAUCCUGUUCUUUGUCCCACUGAUGCAUCAAAGGAUGUUCAAGAAAGAGCAAAGAGAUUCCAGCAAGGAUAAGAUGUUGGCACCUGACCCGGGCCCCAACGGGGAGCUGCUGCCAGGCUCCCCGACUCCUGAAGAACCCAUCUGAUGUCUCCUUUUUGUCAUUGUGUGCCCUUCCCCAGUCCUUCCCCAUUCACCCUGCUCUGCUCAGCAUUUGCAUUUUUGCCACCAGCACACUUGUUCCCAAACCUGUGCACAUAGCGUUUCAGUCACCCAGCCAUCCCCCUUGGAGCCAAGACUCUCGGUAUUCUGAUCUCAUCAGCCCAAAUUUCCCCAGGAAUGCCUUUUAACGUGGCGGGACCCUUCUCCUCCCAGGACAUGGGGAAGCUUGAGGCCAUCCCCUGGGUUGUGGGACUUCUCCAUAUAUUUUCGAGCCUCCUGGCGGAGAAAGGGGGCAGGACCUUCUGGCCCAAGCUUGUUAGUCACCUACUGAAAGCAAUUCCUAAAGGUGCUACUAUGUCCCUAAGAGCCUAGUGGGGGAGCCUCCAGCCUCUGCGUUCGGAGGUGUUUACUGCCAUCUGUCCUUGUGAGCUGUAGGCUAGGGAAGCAAAAUGAAACAAGAGCCUUGUUUGGCCUCCGAGGCUCUGAAGGCUGUGGCUCUGUAAGAUCUGUGGGUGGCAUUAUUUUACAAGGGCACAGGCAGGCUCCCUGUUACACAGCUGGGUAAUAGUCUACUUCCUUCUUUGCUGCCUUUUUCCUCUACCACCUCCUCCUCCUUCUCUUCCUAUUUUUUUGUAACUGCCUUAGACACAUGGGUAUUUGGAGAAAGGAGGAGCCCAGGGCUUCAGCCAAUUCACCUCACCCUGGCCCAGCCUACUCUGACACUAGCAUCCAUCCCCCACAUCUCAGGCUGAGCCACAUCUCACGUUUUGGCUCAAGCCGAUCCAAUCAUAGACUGGAAAAGUGGACUAUCCUCUUGGGAGGUGACCUUAAACAGCAUAGAGUUCCGCUGACCACCAAUUCUACAGACUUCUCAGGCCGAUGCAUUCACUUGGAGGCCCUCAUGGUUCCCUAGCCCUGUCAAAAUGUGAAGAAUCUCCUUUCAUCUCAGCAGGGAAAGGAGGACCGAUGCAGGUAGAUGGCAUGGUGGUGGUGGUGGGUGGUGGUGGGGAUUGAGGCAGUCCUUAUCACCAUAAUGAAGGACCAACUAUUUCAUCUCUCAUUACUCAUGACACAUCAAUAUUUCUACCUGGGCCAGGUCAAGGAAGGGGCUGCUUUAAGAAAAAUCCCAUUCCCAACGUUGAUCCCCAAAUGGCUCAGGCAGCAUAUAGCGUUGGACAUUUUCUUUUGGGAAGGGAAUCCAUCCUAAACUUUACCCAUCCUACCCCACCCAUUGUGUCUGCAGUACCUGCAUACUCUGGCCCAUUCUGUUUAGGAGGUUCCCACAUCCCCAUUGGGGAGUAGACAUGCCAGGAAGGUGAACUCUAGACCAUCUUCAUUCCUCUGAAGUAGUUCCCGACUGCUUUUCUGUGCUCAGGCUGUGGGCAACCAUCUUGGUGAAGAGCAUUCCUAGUGCCCUGGCCAAGGGCAGAGGGCACUGCCAGGCAAUAUCUAACUUGCACAGCUCAGCUCAUUAGGGACGCAGCCUCUCUCUUCAUUUAGACUCUUUGUAUCUUUUCCCCCUUCUCUGAUCCUUUGUCUGUUGUGUUCCUAUCACCCCAACCUGUCAUCAUCUGUUUGUCAGACACCCCUGGCUGUCACUAGGAGCCAACAGUGACUUGCCACCCCCAGCCAGAGCCAUCCUGGGGACAGGAGGAGAAGGUUGCUCCUGAGGGGUUUCAAAUGGGACAAUGGUCCACACACACACUUUUUUUUUCCGUUACAAACAGGCAGCUGGGGAGUAUUUGGCCCCCGAUGGUUUCAUUCAAGGCCCAAGUCCUGAGCCCCCUAUGUUGGUCCCAAUCCAGCUCUUCUCAACUCCUCAAAGGAAGACAUACUGGUUCUUGGCUCUUUGGAUGAGAAGGGGCCUAGUUAGUAUCUUGUCAGCUUGAACAAUAGUGGAGCAAAAUAAACUGGGCCCCCAAAUUUCUGUAACUCCCAGGAAAGCCCUUUGGAAACACAGGAGUAACAAAGCCCCCCCCCCACUUCCAUUUCUCCCUGCCUCACAUCCACUGUGUCCCCAGAGAGUGGUUCUUCUGGGCCUCGGUUGUCGGUCAUGGUUCUGGUAGCCCGUAAGAAGCAAGCUGCCUCCCAUUCCUCUCCAGAAGAAGGAAGGACAUUAACGGGGCCCAAAUCUGCCCCUUCAGAUAAGGUGGGGGUGUCAGUUUAUUUCUUCCACACAUGUGCAUAGGCACACGUGGGCUUGUGUGCUUUAGGAGAAUGCUAGUUGGCAAACGCAGCACAGUAUUAAUACUUAGGGUAGGAGGCAGUCUUUUAUGCGCCGCAAUUAAAUCUAGGAGAAUGAACAAAAUUGGGGAGCUUGAGACCUGGGAUAUUUAAAUCCUCAAGGGGUUUGGAACAAAAUAAACUGAUCUAAACAUCUAA